ACCCCGCCAGCCUGAGACUUUAAUUGAGCUCCCUCCUCCCUCCUCCCUCCUCCUCCUCAGUCUCCUCCGGGCUGCGGGCUAAGUUCUCGUCGACACACCACUUCAGUUCACAUUAUUUCGGACUGGAUACGACAAGCAGCAGCAGCCAGAAGACAUGGCUUUCCUCCUCAGAACAUUUCUACCGCUGUUCCUUCAGGUCUGCCUCCUCAGCUGGAGCGCGUGGGCCAAGGUGGAGCUGACAAUGCAUGAGAGCAUUGAGGUGUACCUGGGUGACUCGGCUCAGAUCCCCUGCCAGUACAGCUUCACUGACGCCGACAACGAGCCCAGCAUUGUCAUAAUCCAGUGGUUUGUGAGAGCUUCGGGGAACAACUCAAGGAUGCGGAUCUUCUACGGAGACGACAGCCAGCAGAUGGUGGACAACAACACCAACUACAGCGGCCGCAUCGAGGUGACUUCGGACCAGCAGGGAACCCGGCUCACCAUCCAAGACGUCAAGCUCUCAGACGAGAGGGAAUUCUUCUGCCAGGUCAACGGCAUGGCUGCCGGGAACGCCGAGGGGAAGACCCACCUCAGAGUGUUCGCUCCUCCAGAGGCUCCAGUCAUCGAGGGAGUCUUUACUGGAAUAUCUGUGACCAAUGAGGUGCCGACUAAGGUUGCAUCGUGUGAGGCUCGGAAUGGCUUCCCUAAACCCAACAUCACCUGGUACAGGAACGGCAUGCCACUGAUGUCUUCCCCAGGACAUGUAAACGUGCUGACCCUGGUGACCCGGGACUUCAGGGACUUCUACUCCGUCCAGAGCACGCUGGAGUACAAGGUGGUGAAGGAGGACAAGGACGCCCAUUUCUUCUGUGAGGUUAGCUUCUUUGUCCCGGCGGCCAUCAGGACGGUCGAGUCCAACAGCAUCAACGUCACCGUUCACUACCCCACCACCAUGGUGGAGCUGUGGAAGGAGUCGCCCCAGGGCUUGGUCAAAGAGGGGGACACUGUGGAGCUGCGUUGCCAGGGUGACGGCAACCCCCCAUCGCCCUUCGUUUUCAACAGAGAACAAGACCCGGAUGAGGACUUGGAGGGCCGUGGCGAUGUGUUGUUCCUCUCACCAGUGUCGCGGAAAGACAGCGGCAUCUACCAGUGUCGCCCUCUGGAUGCCGAUGAGUACGCCGACGUCAAAGGAGAAAUGCAGCUCACCGUGCACUACUUGGACCCAGCGGUCGUGGUACCCAAAGACUCAGAAGUCAUGCUCAAAGGAGAAGAUCUGAUUGCGACCUGCAACGCUCUGUCCUCCCUGAAAACCUCCACCGUCUGGUACAAGGAUGGGCAGCAGGUGGGUUCGGGGAACACGUUGCACCUGAGGGACGCCACCUAUGCAACAACAGGAGAGUACGCAUGUGAGGUGACCGUUCCCUCCCUGCCGGCCCUUCACACCAGCGGCUCCGUUCACAUCAUCGUCCAAGGUGGUGCCCAGCUGGUGGGCGAGGAGCAGGAGGUGCAGCUGGAGGAGGCAGCAGGCAGGAUGGUGAACCUGAGCUGCGAGGCUCAGGGCCAACCGCUGCCCGUCAUCAACUGGAACAUCAUCGGCAGCCAGAACUGGCACGAGGUGGUGAACCAGGCGAACAGGCACAUCGCUCACAGCGUGGUGUCGGUGAAAGUCACCUCGGACAUCAGCGCACUGUGCAACGCCUCCAAUGACAUGGGCACCGAAGUGAAGGCUUUCAGCAUCAAAGCCAUUCCCAUGGUCACCUCAACUGCUCCCUUCUCUCCUGCUGAGGGCAGCGGGGUGAUCAUAGUGGUGAUCAUACUGUGUCUGCUGCUGCUCGCCAUCCUCGGCAGUGUUCUCUACUUCCUGCAUAAGAAGGGGAAGAUCCCCUGUGGACGCUCAGGGAAACAGGAGAUUACCAAAGAGAAGACCACCAAAGAUGACAUUGUCGUGGAGAUGAAGACCAACACAAAGAAUGAGGAAGCCGUCCUCCUAAAGGCCGUCAACGGAGACAAAAAGGGCCCCAAUGAGCAGCACACGAAGCCAGCAGUCAGCGUGUGUGUGUGUGUGUGUGUGUGUGUGUGUGUGUUGUAGACGCUCCCACUGAUCCUCCCACCCCCCCAAUCAGGCUUUCAUUAUCGGCAGUAUUCAGUAGAUUUACACAGAAAAAAAACACACACACACACACACACACACACACACACACACACACACACACACGUAUGUUUGUACAGAUGUGUAUUUUCCUUUGAAUGUUUGCUUCCUCGUUCAGUUUCAUUUUGUUUUUGUAUUUUUUGCUCAGACUGUGUUCGGCUCUUUGCUGUCGUUCAGUCUGUGUGUGUGUGUGUUGGUGUCUCAGGUGCAUCACCACCUUUUUGUUUGUUUUUAAAUGAAAGUGUAUAUAUUAUAUAUAUUUUGUUAUUUAAGAUAUUUUGGCACGUUCAUGGGUCCAGGUGAGUUUUUCAGAGACCAAACGUUCUUCACAGUCCCACUGAGAGAAGGCUCGUCAGUGUGUUCGCUCCGGUUUCACAGCCAAUGUUUGUCAGAAUUCAUAUUAAAACUGACCAAAAAAAAAAAGCGUUUCCUCCAGAAUUUAAUGUCUAAUGUCGCUUGAAACGCCGGAUAAUCAGAACGCACACUGGCAGCCUUCUCUGGCAAACUGCUGUCAAGCCCUUGUACUGUUUGUAAAUACAUUGUAGUGUACAGACCUGCUAGUGGUGGCCUUGGACUGUUACUGAAGGUGAAAAGGUCAAAGGUUAGUGAUCUGCUGUGCCUGUUUUUUGAGAAUGCAUCAUACACUGAAUUUCUUUUUCUCUUGGGUUUGCUCUGUGUGUUUGUUCUUGGUUUCCACUGCGAGCUAGUCGGGCCUGAAGAAGCGUUCCAGUGUUUGUGAAUGUUUGUGACGUGUUUACUGCAGAUAAAACACACACUGUACUGCGAGCUGCAGCUUUUUACGUUUCUGUUUGUGUCUGUGCAGUGUGAGAGUCAACUGGCAGACGCUUACACGCUUUUUUAUCAGAUAAUCCGUCACAGGGAACAUUGAGUUCUAUCACUCUGUGGUGAUUUUACUGCAGGUUGAUGAGAAAGGUCUGCUCUGUGAUGGAUCUGAACUCCAGCAAGUCUCAAGUUUCAACGUUGUUUUUUUCUUUAAAAUGAAUGUAAAGCAGUGGCUGUGGAAGGUAGAAAUACACUUCAUUUCUAUCUGCAGCUCCCCCAGUUUGUCAUAUUAUCACCACAUUCACACGGCAGAGCAAAGUUUCGAAGGCGUUUCAACAAUCUGAAUUGAUUUAUUAUAAACCGUCUGUACAGGAGCAGGAAAUUACAAACCAGCUUGUUCUCUUAAUCGUGUAUGAAAAUAUUUAUGGAACAAAAACAAACUCAAAAUAAAAUUGUAACAUUCCUGUUAGCUUCAGCAUGGUGGCCACUCUUACUCUUCCACACACAAACAACAAAUCACAAUCAAUGAAGGAAGAAAAGGCAAAAACGAGCCAAACAUAAACCUCAGAAUAUGACAAAAGAAAAUGACAGUGAAAAACAAACUGCCAAAAGAAGCAACAGCAAAAAGAAAAUGUUCCAAAACAACACAAUUAAAAGUAAUAUCUACGUAAGAUUCAUGUUUUUCUAUUUUCAUACACAAGUUUUUAUAUUUCUUGUAUAAAACAAGCAGGGCGAUGUCAUUUCUGGACACUUUCUUAAAGAAAAAAAGCCCCCUUUUUUAAAAAUCCAGAUGAGGAAAAGGGUCUUUGGAGAUUGUUGAAAUGCCUUCAGACGAGCUGUAAGUGUUUCUAAACGACCUUCUGGUUCUUGUUGUGCAGCAAGUGGACGUUUGAAUGUGAUGACGACGGAUGGGAGGGACAAACUGCAGCUGAUUUCUAGUAACUCUAUUAACAUGCAGCGACACUGGAAUACUGCUUGUAAAGGCCCGUGUUGUGAAUACGAUGUUACUGAUCGCUCUGUAGGUUAUUAUGAAAAGAUUUGUUUUGUUGCGCUACGUUGCCCAGAUGACUUGCAUCAUUAAAAAAUAAAUAAAAAAAGUAGUGAGAUGUUUUCUGUUUUCCACUGAGGUGAUAAAGUUGUUUUAAAAAAAUAAAAUAAAUCCAGGUUCAGGACGUCCUCAGGCAAGAAGUGUCCUCGUGUGCGACGCUUUCAUUGUGGUUUUAGAGAAGCCGCAUAAAGCCAUAACACCAACCGUCUCUGGUUUCAGUUCCACACAACUUUAAAAUAUUCUGUUUUUAUUGUUUCACCGGUGAGAACACAAGUUUGAAACAUUGCAAACAAGUUCUUUUUCUUUUUCUAAAUGUGUGUAAAUUAAGUACUGUACAUGUGAUUCUUUAAUGCUUGCGUUUUUUUAUAUUUUUUGCAAGAAAAUAAUGCCAAAUAAAAACGUUUCAUUUAAAGAGAGA